UCAAAAAAAAAAACAACGAAAAUUGCAAAUUACAAAAUAAGGCUUUUCGGUUAGUAACGAAAAUGUCUGGCAGAGUGAAGCUGCCUUUGGGCAGCCGCAGCUUCUUUUUCAUCGUCACCAGCUGCUGCCUCAUCUUCAUCGCCAGCGCACAAGAUACUUCAAGCUAUUACUUCCCCUCGCAAAACCGCUUUGUGCCAUCAUCUGGAACCUUUCCACGCCAACAGCCGCAGUCCCUGAAUGGCUUCCGAGCCAGCUCUGGCGGAUUCUCACCAGCUGCUCCUGGCUCCUACCAAGAACAGCUCCUCUUCAUAGCCAAUGAGAACGCCAAGCAAUCGUCAGCGGUGCCAGCGGGCAGUUCCCCCUUCGGUGGCGGUACUCCAUAUGGCGGUGGCAAUUCCCAGUUUGGGAGUUUUGAUUCAGGCAAUUAA